GUGUAGUAGCCGGUUAUGGCGGCGGUGUGUGUUUGUCCAUGAGGUGGGGGACGCCUGCUAUUCUUACGUUCUGUGUCAGAGCGAUCCGAGCGAAGCGCUGCCAUGGCUGGAGUGUUUGACAUAGAUUUGGAUCAGCCGGAAGAAAACGUCUCCGAUGAUGAGAAUGAGGAGGCCCAAAUCAAUGACAUUAUGGACCAGUGCAGCGGAUUUGAGUUCAACAUGGACGACUGUGAGAAGAUUGAAAUAUCAGAGGAUAAUGUUAAUCAGGGGACAGAGAACAUCAGACCAGAGUGUUUUGAGCUACUGCGGGUCCUAGGGAAAGGUGGCUAUGGAAAGGUUUUUCAAGUUCGAAAAGUUGCUGGAGCUGCUUCAGGCAAAAUAUUUGCUAUGAAAGUUUUAAAAAAGGCUAUGAUUGUACGUAAUGCCAAGGACACAGCUCAUACUAAGGCAGAGAGGAACAUCCUUGAAGAAGUGAAGCAUCCCUUCAUUGUAGAUCUCAUCUAUGCCUUCCAGACGGGAGGAAAGCUGUACCUCAUCCUGGAGUACCUGAGUGGAGGAGAGCUUUUCAUGCAGCUGGAGAGGGAGGGUAUCUUCAUGGAAGACACAGCCUGUUUCUACCUUGCAGAGAUCUCCAUGGCUCUGGGCCACUUACACCAGAAGGGCAUCAUUUACAGAGAUUUAAAGCCUGAGAACAUCAUGCUCAACAGCCAAGGCCAUGUGAAGUUGACAGACUUUGGACUGUGUAAGGAGUCUAUUCAUGACGGCACCGUGACUCACACCUUCUGUGGUACCAUCGAAUACAUGGCCCCAGAGAUCUUGAUGAGAAGUGGACACAACAGAGCGGUGGACUGGUGGAGUCUGGGCGCUCUGAUGUACGACAUGCUCACAGGAGCGCCCCCUUUCACUGGUGAAAACCGAAAAAAGACCAUCGACAAGAUCUUGAAGUGCAAACUCAGCCUCCCCCCCUACCUCACGCAAGAAGCUCGUGAUCUCCUGAAGCGGUUGCUGAAGAGAAACGCCUCAUCGCGGCUGGGAGCAGGAGCAGGAGACGCAACAGAAGUACAGGCCCAUCCUUUCUUCCGACAUAUUAACUGGGAGGACUUGCUUGCCCGGAAAGUGGAGCCUCCCUUCAAGCCUUUCCUGCAAUCGGCUGAAGACGUGAGUCAGUUCGACUCGAAGUUUACCAGUCAGACACCAGUCGACAGCCCAGAUGACUCAACCCUGAGUGAGAGUGCCAAUCAGGCCUUCCUGGGUUUCACAUAUGUUGCUCCGUCAGUCCUAGAAAAUAUCAAAGAAAAAUUCUCAUUCGAGCCAAAAAUCCGCUCUCCUCGACGGAUCAUGGGCAGCCCAAGAACACCCCUCAGCCCGGUAAAGUUCUCUGGAGGGGAUUGCUGGCCCCGCAGCCCCCUCCUCACAGGAGGAGGACCAAGUGUCCUCCAGUCUCCUCAGGACCAGGCCAUGGAAGUGUCCACUCCAGAGCAGAUGGAUGUAACCACCAGCUCUGAGGCCUCGGCCCCUCUUCCCAUCCGUCAGCCUGCCGGCAUCAACCUGGCUCAGAUGAAGCAACAAGCCUAUCCAGUUGUAGCCAAACGGCCCGAACAUCUACGUAUGAACCUAUGACCCCCCCACCUCUUUAGGAGAGUUUAAUUCUUGACUCUUGUUUUUUUCUUUGUUGAUAUUUUUUUAUGAAACAAAGCAAAAACAUAUGGAUGCUAGAGACAAUGAAAAUCAAAAAUUGCACAUCCGCACACUACAUUUACUGUCACAACCUGGAGUUUGUGCGUGGGACUCCGGCGCGCUGCAGUUAAGUGCUACGUCAUCGACGACAUCGCUGUCUUACCACUUCUCCUCUGGCACCUCAGGUCUCAUGACCGUUGUCCUCUGACACCCCUCCUUAUGAAACUGGACUAGUUGGGUUGAAAGUCACAUGGGGAACUAUAGGCUUUGUGUGACGGCUGUAUCCCAUGAAAUCAAAGGAGUUAAUGUAUCACAGUAUGCAAGCAGUGUACUCUGAAAUGCAGUCAGUCUUCUGUACAAGACAUCUGAAGUGCUUUGGGCUGUUUGAAUGAAUGCCAGUGAGGAAAUUGCUUCUAUCGGCAUACUUUGACCAGUGUUCUUAAACAAAUGCUUCCUGGCUCUAAGAUGAAAUGAAUUGGAUUUAAUCAUGAUUUAAAUGAUCAAAGAAAUCAAAAGAGAACAGUGGACAAGUAAAAGUUCUCAAAGAUGGAUGGAUAUAGCUUUAUGUCUUACAGUGGUUUGCAAAACAAGAUUACCUGAGCUAUACAUCAAUGAAUGAAUCCAUGAAAGCCUCAAUUUAAAAAAAAAAAAAAAAACAAAAAAAAACACAUUGACUUUAAAAUUCUUUCAGCGUUGAUGUUGUGGAAUGGUUUAUCUGAUGUGGGAUCUUUUAAUUAUCUGCUCUUCAGGCGUUUCUUCAAUGCUAUGUGAUGUUUCACAGGAUUAGUUGACACAUCACCAGACAUAAUUGAGCUUGAUGCAAUGUUAGUGUGACUCACUUUCCUAUCACCACCAACAACAAACCGAUCUCGGUGCUGCUUUAUAGUCCCCGCCCCCUUUGUUCACCCAGGAGACUGUGGGCCUUAGUGGCGAUGGGAUGUCAGACCCCUUCUGAGCCUUGGAGGGAAUUCAUGUUGGAGACUGUGUCACCAGUUGAUCUGGACACUGUGGGCUUUAAUACUCCAAAACCUGGGGCAGCAUUUACAGCCUCUUGCAUCAGCCUUCACUUGUUUAGGAAGGAAAUUUUAGAAUUCCUGAAAAAGCAAGGAAAUUAUAAUAAAAUUUUAAAAA